AGACACAGACUGUGCAUCAACUUCAUAGAUCAUUUUAGUCUUGCUUGUUUGAAUUUUUGAGGAGGUCAGAUCUUGUCGGAACUUAAAUAUUUUAGUUUAAUCAAAGUUCAAUUCAAACCUCUGAAGUUGUUUUUGUCAGUGUAGCUCUUAGACAGCAAAAGGCUUAUUUGAGUUUGGUCCUGAUUCAGCGUUUCUAGCUGUUGAGCAUCUUUGCUUUGUUGCCACGGCAACAUUGUCAGUAGUUCCAGGCUGGGAUCAUAUGAGUAUAGAAGAGCACGCUGAAGAAGAUGAAGAACCACCUUUGCUGCUCAGCUCUUGUCCUUCUUGCAAUGCUUGGCUGUGGUGGAUCAGCGGCAGUGCCGUGCACGUGGGCAGAAGGAUGUGUGUGUCUACAAUGCGCUGCAGGCCAGGAGCCUUCAAAGGCCUGUGAGAAGAUACAGACUCCGGCAGAAGAAGUGCAAUGUCAGCCGUGUCCUUCUGGAAGCUUCUCAGAUGCUCUGAACACUGAGCUCUGUCGGCCGCACACGAUCUGCGAGAUGCUUGGCAGAAAGGUGGCGAUCUCUGGAACCGCCACCUCUGAUGCUGUCUGCGGAGCCUGUCUGCCGGGGUUUCACUUUAUCGCUGCAGACCAGGCUUCUGUUCGCAGUCUUUGCCUAAAAACUGAUUCCCAUGUCAGGAUGGUCCGCACGGUCGGGAAAGGUCCCUCCAGCGGAGCCGGACUGGUCAACGCCACGGUGGUUCGCAGUGCAGAGGAGAAAACCACUGAGUAUGCCGUUUUUGCGCUGGUACCCGUCUUUUGUGUGAUGGGCCUGCUAGGAAUCCUCAUCUGCAACAUCCUGAAGAAGAAAGGAUACAACUGCAGCGCGGAGAAGGAGAGAAAAGAUGAAGAGGCCGCCUCACCUGAGAAGGAAGGUAACAGUUGCCCCCACAUGUCUGAUGAGGUGAACGAAGACACCAUCAGCGUUCUGGUGCGCCUCAUAACCGAGAAGAAAGAAAACGCUGCUGCGCUGGAGGAGCUGCUGCUGGAAUAUGAGAGCAAACAGAUGAGCAAGGGCUCCUCCAUCAGGUUCCCCAUGCUGUCUCCUUUGUCCACGCUGUGCUCCCUCCCCAGGCCUUGCCUCCAUCACUCCCACCUCCACACCAUCUCCGGCCUCUCCGGGCUGGCCCCCAAACACGGCUACCGCUGCUCCCGCUGCGCUCACAAAAAAUGGCCCGCCGUUCUCAUCCCUCCUCUGGAUUCCCUGAAGGAGCCCCUGAAGACCCCCCAAACCCUCAAGCUGCCCUCUUUGGACACCCCCACCGAACAGCAGAAGAGACCCUUGCUAGGGGGAGUGUCUGCAGACACAAACCACGCCCCGGCUGUGCCAAAGGCCGUGCAGGACAAGAUGGAUGGGAGCGAAGAGAAGAAGAGGAAGGAGGUGGAGCCUGCAGUGUUGUCUGUGGGGAGAUUCCAAGUGGCUCACAUCCCUGAGUACAAACCCGUCACCACCGAGAGCAAGACCUCCUCCCUGGAGUACAGGAACUCCCUGUUCGGGGGGAAACCCUUCUGCUCCUCGGCUCCAUCGUCUGCUUUCAGAAGAUGAAGAAGUGCAGAAGAAGCCGCUACCUCGAGGAAGAAUAUGGCAUCCUACGAUGACUGUCGGGAUGGAGCGUAAUAUUCAGCGAUUCACAGAACCCCAGAGCGCCAUCUGCUGGAAGAGGUCGUUCCUCUUUAUGCGAUAAAAGGAAAAUAACUGUAUUUAUUAUGACAGAUAAACUUCUUUUUUGCUCCAGUUGGACACUAACCUGCUUUAAAAAGUCUGUGGGACAAAAUUCUCUGCAACCUUUGAAGGAUGUAUUAUCAGCAGAUAUUCAGGUCUAAAAAGUUACUGAGAGAUGAACAAUAACAGAUCUGAAUCAUUCACAAUCAGAUGGUUUAAAUAGUUGUGACGCAAGAGUGAGGGGCUUCAGCUCACCCCUACCCAACUUUCAUCAAACCCAACGUGCAGAUGACGGAGGGCAGACCAGUAAAAAGCUGAAUGUCAUUUGAUCUGAAUCUCGUGCUUUGAGGUCAGUGAUCCAAAGCUCGACUUGAGCCGCACAGUAUUUCCUGGGGUUCCUCUCGGAGCUUCACGUUACUGUCUGUUUCUUUGGACAUGUGAAGGUCCUGACGCGUUUAGUGUGCGUGGAGGUCAUGGAGGCCAUCAGGGCACUGGCAUCUGUUACUUCAGCAUCUCAACGUUUUCACAAAUGUCAAACAUCUUCAUGAGCCGUCCUGCUCCUCAUCAACUUUCACCUUCUUGAUCCGUCAGCUUUGAUGUUCACGGGUUUAGCCAGCACUCAGAUCUCACAGAUUACAGAUAUUUAUGAUGAGAUGUGCAAAAAGUGAGAUUUUAUAAACCAACACAUGUAAAUAUGUUUAUAUAUAUAUGUACAUAAGACGACACAUUCUCAUUUAUUUCAGGAUUUUUUAAUGGACAAAAUGGACGGCGCCCUGCAGCAUGGGGGCGGAGCAUUUAUGACAACUCAAAUACAUUCACUAAACCACCUGACGUUUCACUUUAACGACACGCUGAACAAAUUCACUAACAGAAGAUGUACAGUCUUUAUAAAUAUUAGAAAGUGCUAAAGUUGGGUGCACAUGUAUUCACAUCCAUCAAGAUAUAAAGCUUUUACAUUAUUUAUACUUUUUCUAAACUUAUUUCUGAUCAUCCUGUCAAAGAAACAGCGGGCAGGAUAUUUACGGCAUCAAGUUACAUCUUUUCAUUUAAUCUAGUCAUAGAUUAGACAGCAUAUUUACCAUUUAUUGUUUGCCAGAUGUGUUUUUGUUAAGCAAACCUUAUUUUAAUGCAUUUGUAAAAGUUGUUAAUAUCAUGCUUUUUGUUUGAAGUUUAUAUUAUUGAAAUAAAAAAGAGGAAUAUUUAAAAUA